GGCUAUUUGAGACCAGGCUAAAAAUACCACUAUACACACUUCUUCCCUCACUCACUCACUCGCCUGACUCUCCACUUACUCACUCCAAAAUCGCCAUCGAAAUAUAUUAUAAUUUUUAUAUAAGUAGAGAAUAAAAUGGAAAAUAAAGGUGAUCCGAGGGGUGGUGCUAACAACAAUUCGAAGAUGAUUGAGGAGCAGCUCUCCACCCUGACGUUAUCAUCCUCCACACCUCCCACCACCACCUCCACAAACACAAACACCAGCGUGACCACAACUUCUACGGGUGGAGGAAAGAAGCUCCUCUCUCGCUCCUCCGCGAUCGACGAGGACGAACAGUUGUUGAACUUCAUCCGCGACACGAUGCUCAAAAGUUUAAAAGAUCGAAAUAUUAUACUCAGAAUCGAGACUGACUUGAUCCAAUUCGUCAAGGGGGAUGGGUCGGCCCUCCCCUUCCCCUCGAUGUCCUCCUACCAUCGAAUGCUAGUCCACCGUAUCUCAUCCCUCUUCAACCUCGAUCACAACAUUGACCCGAUCGGGAACUGCGUCGUCGUCUCCAAAAACGGAGGAGAAAAACUGCUCGACUUUAGAUUUAGGGAAUUACUCGAAAAGGAGAGUGGCGGUGGUGACGAUGGUGGUGGAGAAAAAGUGGUGCUGAAAAGGGAGGGAGGGAAUUUAGAGAGGGGGAACAGCGAGGAGGUGAAUAAGCAGAGGGGCGGUGGAGGUGCUACCAGUGAGAUGGCCAAGAAAACCCUGGAGCAGCGAACUCUCGACUACCACCGCGCCCGAAACAGAAUAUUUCAAGACCCCCCCAUAUCCAAGGUCGAGUCCUUCGACGAGAGCAGGGUCCGUCGCCAGUGGAACAACAAACAAAAAAGCUGGGUCAGCUUGAAAUCCUCGAGUUUCGGGGGCUAUCAGAAUGGAACCACGUCAUCCCACCACACCAACCACCACUUGAGCACCUACCCCCACCACUCCUACCCACACCAACAACCUUCCAUCUCCCCGGCCUCCUCCGGCUACAAAUCUCUACAAAUCAUGUCCACCAGCACGAGCUGCUCAUCAAGUCAGGACUACUUUCAUCAGGGGUUUGAGGAAAAUAAUGGGGUGGAUAAUAACAGAGUCGAUCCUGCUGGGUUCUACUCACCACCUCCACCUCCGCAACAACAACAAAUGCAACAACCCCCACCACCCCCGCAAGUGAUGUCCCCACCACAAUUCAUCCCCCCGCAAUACGUCCCAUCUCCUCAACCCACCCUUCCUCAACAGCAAUAUUACCAGUACCCACUGGCAAAUUAUCUCCCAAUCUUGCAGCAGCAGCAAUUUCCUUUAGGUGGAGGUGGCAAUGGACAAAAUGUGAUUUAUUACGUGCCCAUAACUCAGCAGCAGAUGAUGCAGCAGUUGAAUAACAAUAAUAAUGGUGGUGGUGGUGGAAUGGGUCCGACGACGACGACGGGAGUGAUGAUGCAGGACACGUCAUUCAUCCAACAAAUCCUUCAACAACAGCAGCAACAACAGUAUUAUCAGACAAUCCUCCACCAACAGCAACAACAGCAACAGCAAUAUUUCUACCCCUCUGGACCCACCCCUCUCCCACACAUCCCACAAUCUCACCAACUCCCAGCCCCUCCCCCCAUCACCCCCCAACCCCAACCAAUCCUCCCACCACAACAACAACCCUACUCUAACUCUAAUAGAAAACCUCAAAACUUUGUUAAUCGAUUUAAAUAAUUCAUAAUACGAGAGAAAGAGAAAUUUAUUAAAGAGAGAAUAUUAUUUACAAAAGUAA